AUGUGUGCGGGCUUGCCCCCUCAACACCAUGGAUGGAUGCGGCUGUGGCAAGAGGGAGAAAGCUGUGGUGACUGUGAAACUGAGCGCUGCCCUCUAGCGCCCCCCGGCUGCCCAGCAGGUCGAGUGCGGGACCGCUGCGACUGUUGUGAACAGUGUGGGAAUGCUGAGGGCCAACCUUGUGACCCAGAUGGUGCUCAGGACUUCUAUGGCCGAUGUGGAGAAGGCCUGUACUGCAAGACCAUCCCCAGAAGGAAAUGUCCAAAGGGUCAAUUCCAGGCUGACCCUGAGCCGAGAUGCGUGUCUCCCCGAAUUACUCGAGCCCCCAGAGACCUUAUAAAUUACACAGGAAAUGAUAUUGUAUUUGGCUGUGAGGUAACGUCUUAUCCUCUACCCAUCCUGAGCUGGAGGAAGAAGGGCAGCGACAAUUUCCUGCCUGGGGAUGAUCCACACAUUUCUGUCCAGGCACGAGGUGGACCUCAGCCCUACACCAUCUCUACAUGGAUCCAGAUCCAUGGCCUUCACCUUUCUGAUGCUGGCAUCUACACCUGUACGUCCCAUAAUGCCCUUGGAGAGGCAUCUGCCUCUGCGAGACUGAUAGUGCUCAGAGAUGCAAAGGAAGGUGUGACUGGCUGUCAUCUGUCUGAAGGUGAUGAUUACUAUGACAGCAGUGGAGAGCAAUGA